CGGGCCACGUGAAUAGAGCUCCGCGUUUUUACCACGAGGGGGGGCAAUCACGCUUAUCAAGAGGAGAAAGGCCGCCGGCGUGCCAGCAGCCGGGAUGGCGACUCUCAAGGCGCGCCUCCUGCUGAUCGUCGCGUACCUGGCCAGCGUCGCCGCGGUCGUCAGCGUGGAGCGCUACUGGCAUGACUCAGGCUACCGGUUCUCCGACCUGCUGAGCCGUAACGACUACGUGUCCGCACUGCUGUUGGUCUUUGCUGUCAUCGGGAUUAUCCUCAGUGCCUUGAUUGUCGCCGCUGGAUUGGUAAACCUCGCCACCAGAACACUGGCAAACCACGGCUGCGACGGCUCUUGCCAACACCAGCGACGGCAACAUAACGGCAACCCCAACAACAUCGACGUCAGUGUUCAACCAACAGAUACAACCAUUGCCGCGGGAGGACCAGCUUUGGUGGCUCCGCAUUACAACGUGUCGCUGAUGCAUCUCGACCAGCCCCGGCAGCCAGCGCCAAGUUGCCCGCCCCAAGAUAAUUACCCGGCGAUCAACCAGGGAGGUCCUUCGAUCAAAGUGGAGCCAAAGUACUACGCACGGAACUGACGGCAUCGUUCACUUCACCGUGCAUCUCAGAAGAAUGUCACAUGUCUUUGUCGUCCGGUCGGUUUAUAAAUAGCGGAUCUAUGAAGAGACCACAGCACCGAAAUGAUUGUCCACGAUUAAAAGUGCCAAUCUGCUGGCGCGCGCAACGGAACUGUGCUAACCUGUUCUAUUUCAGGAUUGUUCAAUUUUCUACCUAUAUCUUGCACGUGUGGUCAAUAAAUAAACCGUGAGAUUCGGAAAACUUCCAAGGCUUGAAUGUAUAGGAGCGCGAAC